CAGGCAGGCAGGCAAUUACCAAUGGGCUGGGAUCGGCAUCGGCCGGCCGGCCGGAGCAAAGUUUGCCUGCCUCCCGCUUUUCGCUGCAGGUGAGGUGGAGGUGGGGAAAAAGCUAAUGAGCUACUAGCGUAGUGUGCGCUUUGCUUGUGCAUGGCAUUGCCAUGUGCUCCCCCCAUCCUCUCCUCUCCUCUCCUCUCCUCUCCUCUCCUCCAUAGCUUGGUGACCCUCCAGGAUUAAUUAGGACCCUCCAUUCUUCCUUCCUUCCUUCCUUCACAAAUUAAAUCGCAAGACUAGCCAAAGGUAGCGGCAGCAAGCACGCACUGCACUGGAGGCUACUCACCGACGGCACACAGCACAGGCUGCUUGCUUGCUUGCUUGCUUGGGUCUUCUGAUUCCUUCCUUCCAUCGCCGCCACCGCCGCGACGACUUCCCAUGCUUGGUCGUCCUGCCAUCCUCUUCAUCUGAGCUGAGGCGAGGCUUCUCCCAGCUCAACUGAAAUUCCAGGGACCACACCCACUUCCUACAGAAAAAAAAAAAUCAAUUGGCUCCAUGAACUAAGCAAUGAGGACAGCAUAAGGAUCAAAUUACAAGUGCAGAGAACUGGCAAAAUAAUUAUAGGUAAGGAACACCGAAAUGGGGAAGAGAAGACAGAAGCGGCUUAUACGACGCCAGGACAACAGCAUAGGCUGCAUGGCAGGCCUCAUCCGCAUAUUCUAUUCCCGCCAUGACACCAAUAAGCUCCUGUUGGACAGGAAGCAAGGGAGCAGCAGAAGACACACUUUCAGUGGCUUUCCAGGAAGGGGCCACUCAAGAAAGAAUUCCAAGGACUUGGACGAAAUAGAUGAAUUCGACAACAUGGAGGAGUCCAGUUCGAGCAAACCAACAACAGUCAAAAGACUUAUGGAGGACGAGCUAGGAAAGGGAAAACAGCUGAAAAUUCCAAAUGAUGAGGUUCAGAGAAUAUUAGCUGACCUGGGACAUGGUGCCUGCCUGGACAAAAGUUCAACCCAGAACAGCAAAGCAAAGGGAGACCAAAAUCACAGCAGAAGUAUCACCACGGCGGCUCCAUCUGGAUCUUUGGAUCCCGCUAGUUCCAACUGCAUGAAAGAAGCAGAAGGAGAUGAACUUGAAUUUGCCUUGGCAGAUUUCUUAGGACAAAUUCAUAGGGAGCAUGACGAUCAGCCUCAUAAAAAUUGCAAGAAUAAUGGGGAGCUAUGUACGGAGCUGAAGGUCCUAAUCCAAACAAAGAUUGCUGAGUUAGAUAAUAAUCCUUGCACACUUGCUUAUGAGCAAACUCGACAGGGUGAGGAAAAGGAUACUGCUGAUGGCAAACAUCUAUGUAGCAGCAGUGAAACUCAACCCAAAAAAUUCAGAGAUGCACUGGAGAUGCUAAGCUCAGACACUGAACUUUUCUUGAAGAUACUUCAGAAGCCAAAUUCACAUAUUUUGGAGAGCGUCCAAAGGCACCAAAACAGACUGAUAGGGACCAGGCAAGAGCCCACAAAAAUGGCAGAUAAUACCGACUCCAACAAAGAUACAAAGAGUUUGAAUCAGCAUGAGUUGGCCACCAGGACACAUGGUAAGGAGAGUAGGCAUAUCUUUUUCUGGAAGAAGGAUAGAUCAAACAGGAGGCAAACUGUAGAAGGAACCAGUAGUUCUCAGCCAGUUAACAAAAUAGUUAUACUGAAGCCAAAUCCAAGAAGAGAGAUUGACCAUGCUGUAGCUGUUAGUUCAACUCAAGCUCCAAAAUUAGGUGCAACUGAAGGCUCAAAAUUUUCAAUUAAGGAAGUCAGAAGGAGAUUCAGAAUCGUGACUAGUGAAGCUACAAAAGGAAGACCCUCAGUGUCUGAAGAUAAACUCCAAAAAGAUCAACAUUGUUUCAAAAGUUCAGCUUUCACGAUAAUAAAAGAUACCAGACAGCUCGCUGAACAAACCUCAGAAGGGAAAUCCUCAUCUACAGUUAUAAAGGAUUUUAGAUCAUCAAAUAGCGGUAGGCAAAAGAAAAGGAAUGAUGGACCAACCGAAAUUAAUAACAGCAGCAUAAUCACAACAUCAAAGGAUAAAUCUGUCUUCUAUGACGAGGCCAAGAAACAUCUAACAGAGAUUCUGAAGGACAAAACACAAACAACCAAGCACCCAACACUCCAGAUCUCAAGGUCCUUGGUGAGGAUGCUCUCCCUCCCUCAGUCCAGCACAUCAUCACCUAGAAGUAGCCCUAGGGCAAAAGACUGCAUUUACCUUUCACCUGAAGAGGCAAGCAUUCAUGCCAUAUACAAGUCAAAGAGAGAAGAAAUUUUAAAAGAAGAAAGCCAGUCAGGAGAAUUUUCAGAGAGUGUUGUGUGUGAUCCUAGUGAAGCACUGCAUGAGCAGGCUGUUCAGGAAAGGUGUUUCGUCAAAGAAGAAAGUCAAGAAACAACACAACAAGGUGCUGAACUUGACUCUCUGUGCACUGAAGAAAUUGAUAAGCUGGAUUGCAUGGAAAGAAAUAGAAAUGCAUGGUGCACCCCAGCAAAGCAAUGCACAUAUAAACCAUCGCAAGAUAUGGUGGAAGAAGCAGAACCAGGACAAGGGCAUGUCGGAACCUUUCCAAGCUCCCCUGAGAACGACUUUGAAAAACUAGAAUGCCAAGAGCCCACAACUCCCCGGACAAGUGCACCGAUUGAACAGAUAUCACAAUUUUCUCCUGAUGGAAACCACGAAAAGCAAGAGCAGCCGAGUCCCGUCUCUGUUCUUGAUGUGUUCUUCCAUGAAGAUGUCGACAGUACUGACACUGAAAACAUGAUACAAUGUGAGUGGCACAAAGACAUCUUCAGGACACAAUACACCACAGGGGAUGGUUCAGACCAAGAGAUUUUCUGGGAGGACAAGGAUCUCAGGUUAGGUUACAUAAAGGAAUUACUAGAGCUUUCAGAACUGUGCACAAACCAGAACUUAGAGGUAUGGUAUCUAGAAGAUGAAUUAAUCAGCCCUUGCUUGUUCGAAGAACUACAUCAAGGCAAUCAAUUCGAUGAUACGAAGCUUUUAUUUGACUGCAUUUGUGAAGCUGUGACAGAAAUCCAGGAUAUAUACUUUAGAAGCCCUCCAUGCUUAUCUUCUCUCACACACAGCAUAAGGGCCCCUCCAGCGGGACAAAACCUUAUCUCAGAAAUCAAUAAGCAUGUCGAGCGCCAUCUCCAUUAUCAAUUUCCAAGCACAUUAGACCAGCUAGUUAACAUGGAUCUUGAAGGUGGCAGUUGGAUGGAUCUUCGACCAGAAAGUGAAGAGGUCACUGUAGUAAUAUGGGACUGCAUACUGGAUGAGCUUCUGGAAGAAAUAGUUUAUGAUUUGUGGAUUUGAAGCUUUAGUCUCGUAGUCAGUAAUGGAGUCUCCCUAACACCAUCUGUAGAUUUGGUAGUACAACAACUAGAGUCGUAAAUAGAAGUCGGCAUACUGACAACAGCAUGUUUGUGUGGCAAAAUCCAGUAAUUUGAACAUGGAGGGCCACAGAAAGAACAUGUGCUUGUGAAUUUGAGUAGUUCCCUUUAGAGUCCGAGUACAGCAGAAGUCAUUCUUAAAGACAUCAGCGGAGGCUGUUACGUGACAUUAUCCUGAGCCAUGCAAUGGAUAUAGUAACUUUCAGCAGAUUCACAGUUAAUGGCUUUGCAUGGUUUGGGGAUGUUCUUGGGGCCAAAAGCACGGUAGCAUGCGGCUCACUGUGGGGUCAUGUGAAUUUGAUCAUGUCCCUUGUGUACAUUCUUGUUAUUAUGUGUAUACUGUCAGCUAUGGGUGACAAUCAACACGUUGUUUUUUAAGCAAAGUUUACAACACGGUGAGUGUGUGAGCAUGUGUGUGAAUGUGAGACAGAGAGUGUGUGUUGGUUUGGUUUGGUUGUGUACACUAAACUAUCAUCAAUGAAAGUAUUUCAGUUAAUUCA